UGUUCCUCCGGACUUUCUCCUCUUCCUCGGAUGAAGGUCUCCUUCGGGAGUUAACGAGGUUAACGAGGAAAACUUUGAGUCUACGAGCAUUUCUGAGUGAUGCAUGAGCAGCACGUCCCGUCAGUGUUGUAUUGCUGGUUGGAUUUUGUGUUUUGUCCCUCAGUAAGACCCGUAGACCCCCCCCCCUUGUUGUGUGCUGGUUGUGUUUGCCGUGUGUUUGACCCUUUCAGAGCUGUUCCUUCAGUCCUUCAACCUCACGGGUGAGUAGAAGUCUGAAUAUUGUCCCGUUGAAACCGGAUGGCGGCGUGUGCUCGGGUCAGCAGAACCUCAGGUGUCUCCUUUCCCACCUGGCGUUGCCUCUCUCCAGCAGUCCAGAUCAAGACGCUCCACCAUGCCGGAAACAAUAAUGUCCAAGGAGCCCAGUUCCAACCUGGAGAGCGCCAUGCAGAUGCUGAUCAAGACCUUCCACAAGUACUCCGGGAAGGAGGGCGACAAGUACACCCUGAGCCGCGGGGAGCUGAAGGAGCUGCUGAUAGAGGAGCUGGGGAGUUACCUGGGGAACUCCAAGGACAACGAGGCGGUGGAGAAGGUGAUGAACGACCUGGACGCCAACAACGACGGCGAGGUGGACUUCACCGAGUUCAUCAUCCUGAUGGGAGCCCUGACGGUCGCCUGCAACGACUUCUUCCUGGACAAGCCCAAAGAAGACUCGGCAGCCAAGACAGACUGAGGCGGGAACAUGGGAAGGACGAAGGAGAGGGAGAACUGUGGUUCCGAUGGCCUUCUCAUCCCAUCCAAACACUCCGAGCACGCAGCAGGGAAGACGUGGCCUCCCGAAUCCCGGCAACUGCUUCCCCUCAGCAGCUGCUUUUCAUUCCACAGCUAAUCCGGACCGAGCUGAACUUUUCCCAAACCCACUCCGUGACUCUCCUCACACAACAGGGAACAUUUCCACAUCUUUCAUCUCACAUCCUGCAGAUCUGAGCGUUUGUUUGGUUUAGAAGGGCUGUGGCACAGAGGGCGCCGUCUUUCCCGUCAAGUCGAUGUGUGAUCAUGUAUGACAUGAAUAUGAUCUGUAUGUGUUCAGUGAUUGAAAAAUAGGAGAUGUUGCACCUAUUUUGUAAUCUUUCCCUAAAGGAUCGCUGCUUUAAAAUAUUAAACAUGGCAUUUAACCAACAA